AUGCCCCAGGGCAGGGACGGCAGAAGGAGGGACCCGAGGCCAGAAGACUGGCAGGCUCUCACCACCAAGUACAUGAAAACGGUGCAGCGGAGGAGGAAGACGUGGCUGACGGUGGGCAUUUCCUCGGUGCCGGGGCCGGAUCGGAGGGCCCUCUUGUACACGCUGGUCUCCCUGUUCCGAGCCUCCGCCAGGGCGGAGCAGAAGCGGGUGACGGUGCUGGUGCACCUGGCUGACUCCGACCGCGCGUGGCUCCAGGAGACCGUCGCCCGGAUUUCGAGCCUCUUCAGGUCGCAGAUCUUGGCGGGGCAGCUGCUGCUGAUCCACGCCCCACCGGACGCCUACUCUGCGGACAGGGCCUGGAGCGGGGACGCGCUCUCCCGGCAGAACGUGGCCCACGCCUUCCUCCUGAGCUUCGCCACGAGGCUCUCUCACUACUUCCUGCUGCUGGAGGACAAUGCCGUGUGCGCCCCCGGCUUCGUCACCCGCCUCCGUGAGAAGGUGGGCCGCACGGGCCCGGCCCCGUGGGCGCUGCUGGAGUUCUCGAACCUGGGCUUUCUGGGCAAGCUGCUCCGCAGCAGGGACCUCCCGCUGCUGGCCCACUUCCUCCUGCUCUUCCCCGAGGAGAAGCCCCUCGACAGGCUGCUCCCGCACUUCCGCGCCCUCCUGGCCCAGGACCACGCCAUCCUGUGCAGGCCUUUCCUCUUCUUCCGCCGGGGCUCCUACUACAGAGCCAACGGCGGCCACGGCCACGCGGUGAGAGCCGCGCCGAGCAGGGCGCCAUCCGGCCCCCACAACCCGCCCGCCGCCGUCUUCACGGACAUGGAGGUUCUGGGCGUUCACUUCCCCUGGCAGGCCUACACCCUGGACGAGUCCUUUUUCUGGACCCGCAACGUCAGCGCGGGCAGCCACCUGACUGUCCUGCUGAACCGCCCGGCCAACCUGAGCCGGGUGCAGGUGCUGACGGGCACCAUCGUGGACGGCACGUACGCCCUGGGGAGCGGGCGGGUGGAGCUGGGCUACGAGCCCGAGGGCACCCCCCAGCACUGCACCAGCUUCGCCACCCUCGGCCGCUUCCUGGAGGGGCAGCUGGACCAGGAGGUGCCUCGGAAAGGCCUGGGGCUGGGGGUGAGCUGCGUGAGGCUGCUGGUGAGCGCCCGCCAGGCCGGCGGGCUCCUGGUCAGGCACAUUUACCUCUGGGAGGAACGCGCUGGCCUGCGCAGGGAGGCCGCUCGCCGUUGA